AUGGCCCUCGAGGAUUGGCUCGAGGGCACCGAGCAACCGUUUGUGGUCUGGACCGACCAUAAGAACCUGGAAUACAUCCGCUCGGCGAAGCGCCUGAACCCCCGUCAGGCCAGGCCCGGAUCCAGGACUGCUAAACCUGACGCUCUAUCUCGGAUGUUCGUCAGAGGGGACUACGCCAGACCCAGACACCAUAAUACCAAGACUUGUAUCAUUGGGGCGGCCCUAUGGGAGAUUGAGAAGGAGGUGAGAACGGCCCUUCAGCAUCAGCCAGACCCAGAAAAAAAGGCUCCAACCGGCCUCCUCCAGGAUACCUGCAGCCUCUACCCAUACCUCGUCAUCCGUGGUCCCACCUAUCACUGGAUUUCGUGUCUGGGCUGCCCCCCUCGAAAGGGGAGAGAGUUGGCUGUCCCCUCUGUCCAAGCUUACAUCAGCAGAUGCCACCGCACCUGGCACAGAGCUCGAGCCACCCUCCUGAGGACGUCUGCUCGGUAUGAGUAUCACGCCAACCGUUGUCGUACCCCUGCACCCUCCUACGCCGUUCACCCUAUGUUCCACGUGUCCCUGCUCAAGCCUGUCCUCAUCAGCCCCCUGCUCCCUCCUCUCCCGGCCCCUCCACCCGCCCGACUCAUUGAUGGCCACCUUGGCGUGGAUGUGACGGCGUCCUCAGAUCAGAUGCGCACAGACACCAGGACUGACGAGGAAGAAAUGAGCAGCUUCUUCUCUCCCAGUGUUUCCUCCACACAUGAAGGCUGUCUGAUCACAGAGGAAGGCUGUGCUUCUCUGGCCUCAGCUCUGAGCUCCAACCCCUCCCAUCUGAGAGAGCUGGACCUGAGUUACAAUCAUCCAGGAGACUCAGGGGUGAAGCUGCUGUCUGCUGGAUUGGAGGACCCACACUGGAGACUGGACACUCUCAGGGUGGACCAUGGUGGAGAGCAGAGGUUAAAACCUGGUCUGAGGAAGUAUUUCUGUGAACUCACACUGGACACAAACGCAGCACACAGAAACCUCAAACUGUCUGACAACAACAGGAAGGUGAGACAUGUGAGAGAGAAGCAGCCAUAUCCCGAUCAUCCAGAAAGAUUUGACUGCUGGGAACAGCUGCUGUGUAGAAAUGGUCUGACUGGUCGCUGUUACUGGGAGGUCGAGUGGAGAGGAAGUGUUUCUAUAUCAGUGAGUUACAGAGGAAUCAGAAGGAGAGGAUACAGUAAAGACUGUGUGUUUGGAAUGAAUAAUCAGUCCUGGAGUCUCAACUGGUCUGAUGGUCGUUACUCUGUCUGGCACAAUAACAUAAGAACAGACCUCCAUCUCUCGUCGUCGUCCUCCUCCUCCUCCUCCUCUAACAGAGUAGCAGUGUAUGUGGACUGUCCUGCUGGCACUCUGUCCUUCUACAGAGUCUCCUCUGACACACUGAUCCACCUCCACAUCUUCAACACCACAUUCACUGAACCUCUUUAUCCUGGGUUUGGGUUUCUGAUCUGGUCUGGUUCCUCAGUGUUUCUGUGUUCCCUGUAGGAGGGGGACAACUUCCAGUCCUGUGGUUUAAAUGGUGGUGGACAAGGCUUCACUUUGGUUAACAAAUGGCUUACUGUUUGUGCCUUUUAAGGUCAGAAAUGUGUUUUCUUAGAAAUGGUGAAAUGAUCUCCUCAGGGCUGAACUCGUGUACAAACUGUGUGGACUUGGAGCAGCAUCUAGUAGCUGCUGAUGGCUGCAGAGCUUCUUGUUCACUUCAAUAAAGGUUUGAAGA